AUGCACGGCUCACGGGAGAGCAACACCCUCAGUCGCAAUGUGUGGGACUACGACAUGGUAUUGGAGAAAAUUGGUUAUGGAAAAACACAAUGGAUUUUAUUACUGGUCAGUGGUCUCCUGACCAUUACAUCCGUGGCUGCCCAGCAGGUCAUGAGCAUCAUCGUCAUAGCCUCACACUGUGAAUUCCACACAACACAAGCGGAAAAGGGGGUAAUGAUGGCGGCUAGUGUUACAGGCAUCUUUCUAUCGACCUACAUAUGGGGAUAUAUCAGCGAUGAUAUAGGGCGUCGCAAGGUUUUGCUCUACGGAAAUUUCGCCAGCAAUGCCCUUCAAUUUAUUCUCAUGUUUGUCACAAGCAUCUCCCUGUUUAACAUUAUUAACCUUCUUGUUGGAAUCAGCGUGGGUGGAGUCUCGGCAGCACUUUAUGCAUAUCUAAGUGAAUUCAACAUACCCCGACAUCGAGCUGUGGCAAUUAAUUAUUCGACAAUGUUUGUUAGUGUUACUGCGAUAUAUGUUCCAGCAACGGCCUGGCUAGUACUUUCAUCCGAUUGGGCUAUAACCUUAGGGGACUUCGUUUUCCGACCAUGGCGCUUGAUGUUGUUAGUUAGUCUUCUACCCGGCCUAAUCGGUGGCUUAAUCCUUUUGUAUUACCCCGAAAGCCCAAAGCUAUUGCUGUCCCAAGAUAAGACCGAAGAGGCAAAAGAAGCUGUCGGUUGGAUUAGUAAAUUCAACAGGGGAAAGCCCAUUCAGCAGGUUCUGGAUUGUGACGAAUUCACAUUAAAGUCCGAGGAUCCAGCUGGCGAGAACUUGUUAUCCGACAGUCAGGGCUGCGGUAUUGUGUCCAAAAUUGUUCGAGCAACUAUUCCCCUGUUUCACAAGCCCCACGGAUUCAAUUUUAUUCUUUGUAAUCUGGCCCUGUUUGGAAUGUUCUUUAGCUCGAAUGGCAUGCAGCUUUGGUUUCCAGAAAUUGUCAACCGAUCAUCUGGUGCCGAAAAUAACUCAUCUACAGUGUGCGAAAUAUUAAGCGUACCCGUUGAAACCCCACAAAAUGUCACAGAAACACUGGACUGCACCGAUCCCAUUUCAAGCAAAACCUAUAUAGACAACUUGAUUGUUGGUUUUGCAUUCUUAAUUGGCUUUUCCAUUCAAGGCACUCUACUAAAUCCCUUGGGUCGAAAGAAUGUACUUUUAGCUGCUCUUGCAGUGGCUGCAUUGAGUGGAAUAUUCCUGCAUUUCAUGGGAAAUCCCACAGGAGUUCUAAUACUGUUUUGCCUUUAUAUACUGCUGCCAGGACUCUCUAUAUCCAUCAUGAUAGGAGCCAUCGUUGAUCUGGUGCCCACAAACCUAAGAUCUAAGGCAGUUAGCUUUUGCAUGUCCAUGGGACGACUUGGAAUCAUUGCUGCCACAAACUUAAUGGGAGUUAUGUUGCAACCAUAUUGCAAUACAACAUUCGCCAUAUUCACUUGUACGCUAAUUGUGUGCAUUGUAAUUGUUCAUUACCUUCCAAUUAAAAACUCUGCUUAAGUUUGCACGUUUGAUU